AUGAUCCACAUCAUAUCCCGAUCUAUUGUAGUGAAUGCGGACUUGGUUCUUAUCUCUCGCAUUCCUCACGUCCUCUCGCGAUUGGCUUGUGUUGCUAGUCCCACAAUUUCACCUCUUUCCUACUUAGCUCUAGUGAUGGAGAUCGUAGAGCACAAGUUAAGUUAUAUAGUGUUCAAAAUUCAUGACAUAAGCAUGGAUUGGAUCGUCGACCAAUCCUCUAUCUCGGAUGUUCCCUCAUUCGGUUAUCCAACAAGCACGGCUACAAAACCCCACUUGCGUUAUGCACAUAGGGAGGUACGCAUGGCUCGUGCUCACCCUUCAUAA